GAGCCGGGCUAAAAGCGCCUUCUCGCUUUGCAGAUGGAGGUGAGCGUGCUGGCGCUGCGGGACCUGGCGAGCGCCCGGCCGGGGCGGCGGGGCCGCGCCGAGGCGGCCCAGAAGGAAAACAUAUAUGAUCGAUCCAGGAUGGCCCCAAAGACUCCCAUUAAGAAUGAACCUAUUGAUUUAUCGAAGCAAAAAGGCUGCACACCGGAAAGAAAUCCAAUUACACCUGUUAAGAUCAUUGACAGACCUCAGCCUGAUCCCUGGACUCCUACUGCUAACCUGAAGAUUCUUGUUAGUGCUGCUAGUCCUGACAUGAGGGACAGGGAAAAGAAGAAAGAGCUCUUCAGACCCAUAGAAAACAGUGAGCAGAGUGACACACCUGAUUCGUUACAGUAUGCUAUAGUAGAUGACAGCACGGUUGAUGAAUUUGAAAAGCAGAGGCCCAGCAGAAAAGAGAAAAGCUUAGGACUCUUGUGCCAAAAGUUUCUAGCUCGCUAUCCAAAUUAUCCAUUGUCAACAGAGAAAACUACCAUUUCUUUGGAUGAAGUGGCUUCAAUUCUUGGAGUUGAGCGGAGACGAAUUUACGAUAUCGUGAACGUCCUGGAGUCAUUGCAGUUGGUCAGUCGUGUGGCCAAGAACCAAUACUGCUGGCAUGGCCGGCACAACCUCAGCCAAACUCUGAAAAUGCUUCAGGAGGCAGGAGAGCUGCAGUAUGGAGAGUUAAUGACCUCCCAGCACAAGGAACAGGACUUAGAAUACAAACUUGGAGAAGUGAAAAAGGAAACUAUUCCAGAUUCUCAAGACAGACCAUUACUGGACUUUUCAGAAGCGGAUUGCACCUCUGCAUCUGCAAACAGCAGAAAGGACAAGUCAUUGCGGAUUAUGAGCCAAAAGUUUGUCAUGCUGUUCCUUGUCUCCAAGACCAAGAUAGUCACUCUGGACAUCGCAGCAAAGAUACUGAUAGAAGAAACCCAGGAUACAGUGGACCACAGCAAAUUUAAAACAAAGGUACGAAGACUGUAUGAUAUCGCCAACGUUCUCACCAGCCUCGGCUUGAUCAAGAAAGUCCACGUCACAGAGGAGCGAGGACGCAAACCAGCUUUCAAGUGGAUUGGGCCUGUGGAAUUCCCUGAAAAAACUGAUGAGCUGAGAAGUCAUAGCCCAACAUCAGAUCCUCUGUCAGAGACACAGACAGGAGCCUGUGCCCAGUACCAGACCAGUGCUACUGGAAAGCAAAGGUUUACACGUCACGCUUCAUUUAACAGUGCACAGCCUUGUGAGGCAGCCAGAAGGGAGGUCAGUUCUGAGCCUAACAGCCCACGUCAAGAGAGGCAAGCCUGUAUCGUGAAUUCAGAUGAAAAUUGUUCCGAAAUGAUAAAUCUAGCAGCUAUCUGCAGGCCGAAAAUAGAAGAAGAAGAAGAUACUGGGAAUAAAGCUUGUGACACUGAAACGAUACUAACUUCAUCAAAGAACUCCAACAUAAGCUUACCUUUCUCCCUUCUUCCGGUUCCUGGGGACUCUGAUUUUUGUGUCAACCCUUUGCCUCAGGCAGUUUUCCCUGUAGUUCAAGCAGAUGUGCCAAAUUUCUCACUACCAAAUGGUAUCAGCAGCCAGGCUUCACACCCUUCCACUCCAGCAGCCUCCAAAACAGAAAAUGGAAAAGCUACCCUGCUCCCCAACCAACCCUUCCUGUGUUUCCCAUCUUCAUCCCUUUUUAUGUUGUGUGGUGGUCUUCAGGAAAAUAACUUAAGGGAGCACCUGCCCACUGCAGGAGACCUGGGAAACAGGAGUGCAGAAGCUCAGGCUGCUGUACCUCCCUCUGGCUGCCAAAAGCGCAGCUCCCACACGUGCUCAUCGCCCUCUGCACCUGUAGAUGAUGAAGAGCCAGCUGCCAAAAAGCAAACCUUGGAGCACAAUGAUCUGCCCCUCUCACUUGUAGUACCCAAGAAGCCUUCUGAGUCACCCAAGGCAGAAUCUUCCCCAGGAAGUGGCUGUUCAGCUGCUGUACAUCGAGAAACAAAUCGUCUUGACCUUGCAAGUCCUGCUGCUCCAGAGGUGGCAAGCAAGGAGUCCACUAAGCCUUUAGAUUGUCAGGAGCAAGAAAAACAAUCUCAGAACAACGACCCUGAUGAACCCCCUCCUGGAAAUGAGCACAUCUCUGAAGAAAAUGCCAAUCAACCUUUCCAACCCCCUCCUAGAAAUGAGCACAUCUCUGAAGAAAAUGGCAAUCAACCUUUCCAACCACAGUAUUUUUAUGUUCAGCCUCCUACUGGAUUAAGCAGUUUUAAUUUCCUGUUCUCUGCAAACCAAGCCCCCGGUGCCAUCAGCCUGGCUGCAAACCAGCUGCCUUCUCUAAGUGUACCCUGUGUCAUGGUGCCAUCAGCAGCCUUGGCUUCCUUCCCUCUCGUCUGUUCUCCUUCGUUCACCAGUCCUCUUUCCUCAGUUCCUGAUGGCUCCUUCUCAGCUGCUGCCUCCACGAAUUUCAGCAUGUCCAGCCUGGCACCAACCACCCCUGUGUUCAUAAGCACCACGGCCGUUGUCACCCCCCAGGUCUCACCCGCCCCUUCGGCGGAUCCACAGCAGCCGGCUCCCCCUGCUCUGCACCAGAGUCCUGUGCUUACAAGAUCUGGCAGUGCUGUUAAGCUGGACUCCCCUGUGUGUGUGGGACACUCUCUGACCCUUCUGAAGCUGCAGCAGCCUUCGUCAGCUCCUCUCACUCCCAAGAGUAUUCGUCCUGCACAUAAUGAGGCAUUUUUCAAAACUCCUGGAAGUCUUGGAGACCCUGUGGCAUGGAAGAAAAAUGAAGGCAACCAGACCAGAAAUGCCAGCUCUGUGCAGAGGAGACUGGAAAUCUCUGGUACCAGCCCUGACUAAUUCCACUCUUGGCGAGGGGUGGGCAGAUUGUCCUCAGACCCUGUAUCAAUUACAAGAGAACAAGCUCUUACCUGACAAGAGGAGCACGUUAAAAUGUCACCCCUUUGGCAUGCUUCCCCACUGUCUAUUCACCCACUGGUUCUGUUGGCCAUCUUCUUCGAAAUCACCCUUGGUACAGAAAUCCUUUUAUUGAAUUGUUCCUUCAGUACAGAUUUGAAUCCAGAUUUUGGGUUUCACACAGCCUUGUGGACAUCAAAUUGUAAUUGUGAUUUUAAUUUGGAAAACUCUCUUGAUUUCUGUGAGGAGACACAAACAAAUUAUUUUGGAAUCCCCAGGGGUUCUUUAUUCAUGGUUUUAAGUGAGAUGUGUAGCACUCACCUGGGGUAAGCAUUUCUUUUGCAUGUAUUCUACUUACCCUGAGUAAAUCUGUGGUGAAAAUGAUAAACUCUUGCACUUGUGACAGCAACUGCUUCCUUGGUUCCAAGCUAUCUAAGCCUGCCUCUGCAGUGCAGCCUCUUGCUUUUUAUUUUGUAUAUUGGAGUGGGAUUAGUGCAAAAAAGGAUUUUUGCCGUUUCAGAAUAACAGAUUUUCUCAGGGUAGGAUUACUUGAAUGUCAGUUGGUUGUGGUACAAUUUGCCCAGCCCUUGUGGUUAGAAAAACGUAGUAAUAACACAGUAUGAUUGAAUGUAUACAUGUGAAAAAUAUUAAGACCAAAAUAACUGUGAAUGUUAACAUUUUUAUAGUUGUGUUAAUGAACUGUAUUAGUCCUUGGGUUGGUUGUUUUGUUUUUGUUUGUACUUUUACUUUGAACAAAAUUUGCAAGUUAGAUGUAAAGAAAACAAAAUCUGAAUCCUUUAUCAGAUUUGACAAAGUGAUUUGAGAGAGACAAACCACUGAGAGGACUGUGCUAAGAUUUCAUCUCCUGUUUAAAUAUCUAGUCUAGACUUUAUGACUAAGGAACACUGAUAAGUCAUUAACCUCACUCAUGAUUAGAUUCAGUCUAACCUGAGUCUACUAAGUGCCUACUUAGCUGUUUACUUAAGUGUACUUGAGGGGUGUGUACUUGAGGGGUAUGUACUUAAGUGCCUAACUCUUCACUUGCAGGAACUUUGUGACUAGUUAAUAGUGCUUUUGAGCAUGUUGGGAAGACAAGGGAGAUCUUAUCUAUCUAAAACAGAAAAAGAGGUUGAAAAGAGCAGGAGCCUUGAGUUUUAAAGUAAUAUAAAAAAUUAAUAAAAAAUUAUCAGUAUACCCUAGGAGAAGAUAAUGAGGAAGAAAAGUCUUAACAGCUCCCAUUCAGAGUUCUCAAAUAAUAGAUGGUGCUAUUAUCAAUAUAGGAUAUAAUUUUAAGAGCUAAUGCUCUUAUGUUUGGGUAUGUUUUCACUAAUGUAGCAAACUGCAAUUAAAUUUGUGCAGUCUCCUGUUCAAAAGACAGAAAGUGUUGCUGUAGACAUCACGUUAGCCUGGACUUUUAGCAAAUGUAAGGCCAGCAUGAUCAGCUCUCUCUUUGGUACUGGUAUUGAUUUUCCAAGGGUAGAUGCACUCUUGGAUGUGCUUUUUUGUUGGUCAAAGGAAGUUAGGACUUUGAGGCUGGGGAUUUGAUGAGGGCAUCUUAUUUUUAUAAUGAAAAUAAAAUUUAAGAAAGAAUUUUAGUGAACCUGAGAGUUUGAGUAAUGUGGCCUUCUCUUAGAAUAGACCAAUAUCAGAUUUUUGAGAGGGCUUGGUUAGCCCUGGUUGAAACAAUCUGGAGCAGAAUUAUCAUAGGAAAUUUCAGGGGUGGUAAAGAGACAUCUUCAGACUGCUAAUUUAUUUUUUUUUAUAUUUUAAUGACACUACAGUUAUGAAAGUUUACAUUUUUUUCUUCUGAAUUAUUUCUUCUUAUACACCCACUUAGAUUAAUUUUGCUUUGAAAAGCAGUGUGUAACUAGCACAUGCUGGUGUGCAUGUGUUGCUGCUGGGGCAGGAACAGGCUGCUGGGGUUCUCUCUCCCUCUAGUACGAUGCAGCCUUUUAGUGAAAUGGCAGCUGGGAGCAGGAGGAGGAUUAGAGCUAAUAUUGGCUCUUUGCUCCAGUUGAAGCAUCAUCACCAAAACUGCCUUUCUUUGUCAGUGAUGUUACUGUGCCAUAACUAACUUAACUGUACUUGAAAAUGCAGGGAGUGAAAAUGGAUUUUCCAUUUCUAAUUUCUUCUUACAGUUUUGAGUUUCUGUAAAUACAGCAGGUCUGGAAAUGAGGAUUGACUCCUUCUUCUCAGUGACUCAUGGCUGGGAAAGUAGGUUUUGAACCUAGGAGAAAAAGGAUGUUGAUAUGCUGUCUUGAUUUUGUCAAUGCAAAAUUCUCACUAAAAUAGAGUGAGACCACUGAAGCAGUUGGGCAGCUAUGUUCUGUACCUGAGCUGCUGAACUGGACUGGUGAUGGGGAGCAGUUGGCUGUCAAGGGGGAAUGGGUUUACCUUUCCUAUCUUUACCUUCACUGAAAGCUAAGAAUUUAAAUGACCUAUGAACAAUUCAUCAGCAAAGUAGCUUUGGAAAAGCAGAAUUUGUAUUUGCACUGAGACAAAGUGCAUACCCAGGAAAUUCUGCAGGGUUUGUGAAACCUUUCUGUCCCAAGUCAGUUGUUGAGGAGGCUGAGCAUAUAACUUAUACUUGAAUCUAUCUGCCACGUUUACAUUUCUGAUUGUUUUCUGUAAAUUGGUGCUAUUUCUGUAUUUAAAAAGCUGUAUUUUUAAUGUAAAGCUGCUUCCAGUUUGUUUUUGGGUUUGUUUUUUUUUGCACUGCUAGUUUAAUAUAGACAUUAAUUUUAUUGCUGUUUAUAACUGUUCUUUGGUGAUUAGAUGUCCUGCUUUUC